CAUAGUUUAACUUUAUUCAUCUUUACAAUGCGGCGAGGACAGCUUGCGCGGCUUUUGUUGUUGACUUUCUCUCUCCUUACCUUUCCUCUUUCACAAACCUGCAAUUAUAGAAGCAAGAAGUAGUACUACUCCAAACCAAAAAAUUCACUAUACCAUCACGAGAUCCACCCCUUGUUAGUAAGUUCUCCGUGCCUUCUCCGCUCAUCACUUUCUCUCUCUUCCCAACUUUACUCUCUCUCUCUCUCUCUCUCUGAAAUACUACUACUUCGGAGUACUAUCUAACUUGCUGGUCCUAUCUCGUUUUACUUUCAGGCCUUCCGUCCAUAUAUUUCCACUUUCUGCCUUUUUUUCAUUUACUUUUCCAUUUUUUCUUUCUUUUUCUUUUUCCGUUUAACGUCGAUCCGCCUAAAAUUUGAAUAACUUUUGUUUCUAGUACUUGAUCGACUUGAUUAGUCUUUCAGAAUCUGUGAAAAUUUGAUCAAAUUACAUCACCGUCGUCUUUCAUCUUCUUUCUCUCUCUAGAAUGUACCAAAAUUAGUUCAUUUAUUGUGCGAUCAAAUCACUUAAUUUAUUGAAGUGAGUGAUGAUCUUCAGAACUAUUAUUACGAGUCACUUCAAACGGUUCGACAAGUGUCGUAACUGAGUCGGCUGUUUUGAGAGAGAGCGAGAAUAUGCAGGGAUUUCAGAGGCAUUUGAUGUUCGGAUCUGGACUUUAUAGACAUUUCACAGAGACAAUCUGGCGUCCAUUAUUGACUAUCAAGAAACUCCCUGCAAGAUCUCCUCUUGUCUUCUUCUCCUUCCUCCUCCUCUUCCUCGGCGCGUUUAUCUCCACGCGCUUGCUCAGCUCUACUGUAACUUCUGUCGCUGAUAAUUCCCCACAGAAAACGAUACUGACCACUAGAACAGCCCACACUUACACUCAUAAAUCACCUCCCAAAAUCCUCAAUAAGCCGCUGCCGCCUAAGAAAAUUGAAAUUCCUCUCAACUGCUUAGCCACAGUCGGUAAUCUCACACGAACCUGCCCACCAAAUUAUUACCCAAAAAAGUUCCAUCCAGAAGAUCAUGACCGUGAUCAAUCGAAAACUCCGACAUGCCCUGAUUACUUCAGUUGGGUCCACGAAGAUCUACGGCCAUGGAGGGACACGGGGAUCACGGCGGAGAUGGUGGAGAGAGCCAAGAGGACGGCCAACUUCAAACUAGUGAUUGUGGAUGGGAGGGCCUAUGUGGAGAAAUAUCAAAGGGCUUUCCAGAGCAGAGAUGUUUUUACACUGUGGGGAAUCCUACAGUUGUUACGGAAGUACCCCGGGAAGGUGCCUGAUUUGGAGCUGAUGUUUGACUGCGUUGACUGGCCGGUCAUCAGAUCGAGGGACUAUCGUGGGCCCAAUGCCACGGCCCCACCGCCACUGUUUCGAUAUUGCGGGGAUGAUGCCACACUGGAUAUUGUUUUCCCAGACUGGUCCUUUUGGGGUUGGCCAGAAAUCAACUUAAAGCCAUGGGAGGCAUUGUUGAGGGACCUAAAAGAAGGAAACAAGAGAAAAAGAUGGAUGGAUAGAGAACCUUAUGCAUACUGGAAGGGCAAUCCAAUUGUUGCUGCUACCAGAAUGGAUCUCAUGAAAUGUAAUGUCUCUGACAAACAGGACUGGAAUGCUCGUGUCUAUGCCCAGGACUGGAUUCGAGAAUCACAGCAAGGCUACAAGCAAUCAGAUUUGGCAGGUCAAUGUAUUCACAGAUAUAAAAUUUAUAUCGAAGGAUCUGCAUGGUCUGUAAGUGAAAAAUACAUUCUUGCUUGUGAUUCCGUUACCUUAAUAGUGAAGCCCCGUUACUAUGAUUUCUUCACAAGAAGUUUGAACCCGGUGCACCACUACUGGCCCAUUAGGGUUGACGACAAGUGCAAAUCUAUUAAAUUUGCAGUUGACUGGGGCAACAGCCACAAACAAAAGGCACAAGCCAUUGGCAAGGCAGCAAGUGAUUUCAUUCAAGAGGAUUUGAAGAUGGAGUAUGUGUAUGACUAUAUGUUUCAUCUCUUAAAUGAAUAUGCUAAGCUCUUGAGAUUUAAGCCCAAGGUACCUCAAAAAGCAGUUGAACUUUGCUCAGAGACAAUGGCUUGCCAUGCAAAAGGAUUAGGGAAGAAUUUUAUGGUGGAAUCUUUGGUAAAGAGUCCCUCAGACUCGACACCUUGCGCAUUGCCUCCGCCUUACGAUCCUCUCGCUCUUCGCUCAUCUCUUAAAAGAAAAGCAAAUUCAAUAAAGCAAGUAGAGUUAUGGGAGAAGAAUUACUGGGACAGUCAAACUAAGCAGAGCUAGGAAGGCAUCUUUAUUGUAUUUACGAUAAGACAAAAAAAAAAAAAAAAAAAAAAAAAAAAAAAAAAAAAAAAAUGAAUGUAUUUAGUUUUAAUCCGCGGCUUAAUUUGUUCCUUCAUAUCUUCAUAUCUAUAUCUUGAUGAGCGGUAAUAAGAAAAGCAAAAUGAAAAUUUUAAAA